CCCCGCUGUUUCUUCGGUUCUCCAAGGUUUCCCCGCCAUGAGCCAGACCUAUUGCGUCAAUCAGAUCUGCGUCAAAGGCAGCCAGCCGGGCUUCUAUGAUUGCACCAUCCCCACCAGCACCCUCACCGCCGGCAACUGCAUCGGCGUGUCCCCCCAAUACAUCACCAGCGCCCAGAGUCUGAUGGCCUCGGACUCGCAGCAUCGCCUGCUCGCCCGCAUGUGCUGCAACUUCAACGGAUGCAGCUUCUCGGACCAAGCCAUCAGCCCGUGCGCCACGACAGACGACAACUUUGCCUGCGUCGUUGGUGUUGUCGCCGGCCAGCCCUAUGUCUCCUGCCGCGACCUGUUCUUUGGCGACAGCAGCAACUUUUGCACCUUCUCGUUCCCGUCCACCUGGACUCCUACGCAGUGCAGCGUCGCUUCACCGUCAACUACUGCAGCUGGCCCUGUCCCCGCCCCUGGCACAACUGCGACAUCUAGGGUCGUCCCCGCCCCUGGUUCAACUGCUACAUCGAGUCAUGUUCCUGUUCCUGCUCCUGUUCCUGGUUCGGCUCCUGCAUCUGGUCCGGCCUCGUCUCCCUCCUCUUCCGACAGCAGCGAUUCCAGCUUGCCUAUUGGCGCCAUCGCGGGAGGUGCCGCCGGUGCCGUGGCUGUGAUCGCCAUUGUCGGCUUCCUCGUCUACCGCUCUCGGCGAUCCAAGCCCAUACCGAUCCUCAACGAGUCCGCCAACCCACCCUCGAACCAGUUCGGCAACCAGUUCGGCAACCAGCCCGGUAACCAGUUCGCCUAUCAACCCGCCAACCCGACCUUUGACCAGUCCGCCAACCGGCUGCCAAGUGGCAAGUAUGACACCUCGGCCCCGUUCCAGCCCAAUCCGAUAUCCCCAAACCCUCUUCCGAUGUACGCCCCAGCCCACAGCAACAGCUAUACACCAAACGGAGCCCCUCCAUCAGUGCCAUCGCAGGACAUUGCGCUCGUGCCCGUCCAGUCUGCUUCCGGCAUGCCUCAGCCUCCGGUAGACGCCUAUGUUCCUCACCAGCCUCAUGUGACCGGCGCUCCUGCCGCCCACCAUCCCCGUACCAUCACAACGGUGGCGAGCUCCGGCAAGGGUGAUUUUAACAACCCAGCCACCUCCAUGCCAUACGACGGAUACUCCAGCGCACCGCUCGCCGCCAACUCGGGCUAUGGCGGCGGCAGCUCGGCGUAUGCUCCCGUCGGCGGAUCAGGACCGACCAAGCUGGAGAUGUACGACCCCAACCCGCCUGCAUACACUCGCUGA